AUAGGCAGGCACAACUAUAACUAAACAUACAGUAGAUAGGCUACUGUUGUUGUAACUGUAUAAUUUGUCAUCAAUGUAAUGUAAUAUAACGCUUCUUUGAAAUACAAGCCAUGCAAAUUCGGGGGCGCACUUCCUAGCUCACUUUGAGAUGACCAAAAGGUUAUUGCUUAAAGUAAUAUACUGGAAAAAUGCUCAGCCACCUGUCCAAUUCUCAAGGGUAGACUGACUACACGCUGUCAAGUCAAUCCGGCAACUAACGGGAGUGAUUGGAGACUACAAGUAUUAUUAUUUUUACCCAAUACCAAGACAAUAUGCUAACGUCACCCGUAGACGACUCGAACAUUUUGUUACACUUGUUAAAUUAUAGUACAUUUUGCUUGUGCUUAGUGUCUAAAAUCCCGUCGAUUGUUCUCGUAGCAAGAGCGAAGUCUUCCAAGGGAUUCAGCCUGAAGGGCUUGCUGUUGGAGUUGACUGGAUAUGUCGUGUUUGUCACCUACCAGAUUCACCAUGCUGCACCAUCUUCCACGUUCCUGGAGUACCCGAUACUCAUUGCCCAAGACACCGUCCUGCUUCUGCUCAUCCUCUAUUACAAUGGGAAAGCCAAGCACAGCUUGAUCUACAUUGCACUAUUUGUAGGGGGAUGGAAACUUGUCACACUACAAGAUUGGAUCAUUGAUCUGGCUAUGAGCCUCUGUACCUUAAUCAGUGCCAGCAGUAAGUUUGCCUCCGCACAGUGCCUGUACCAGUCCAAGGACUCCUCCGGGGUCAGUGCCCUCGCCUGGAGCAUAUCCUGCUACACCUGCUUGGCGAGGAUGUUCACUACAAUCAUGACAACAGCAGACAUACAAGUUCUCACCCGGUUCGCGGUCUUGUCAUCGCUCAAUGGAUUUGUGCUGGCCAUGAUAUUCCACUACAGAAGAGAUGUCAAAAAGGUGGAAUGAGCUUUGGAGAUGAGUCUGUCAGUCACCUGAGUCAUGUUCUUCAGGCAGCAAACAGAAUGACACAUGGAGGGACUAACUGGACUUAAAACUGGACUGUCCAAUAAAGAAAACUAGCAUUUUAGCUUCCACUGGUCUUUUGGUCCCAGAACAUGCUAUUCAAGCAACCCUUAGAAAAAAAUUCUUCACUUUUCCAAAAUGAUGAGCAAUACAAGUAAAACACACAAUAAAGAAUAUUCUCCGUC